GCGAGGAGUUCCACCUGAGCAGGCUGUGAGAUUUGGCAGGGCCCAGGUAAUGGCCCUGGGCUGAUGCUGUGAGUGAGGCCAAUCUUCUUUCCCAAGUUUUUUUUGCAGGGUUUCUCAAGUUCAGGUUGGCUCACUACCUGCUGAGGGGCAACUUGAAGGCGUUUGACUUCUUCCCUGUUUUAUUCCUUGCUGUGCAUUGUGAACCAGGGUCUGAGGGAGUGACGGACACCAAACCAGCUGCACCUGGCAGCAGGGUGGAGGGGGCUCGCAUCUGUCUUUCUGACCGCUGACAAGGAUGUCUGAGAAGAAGCAGAAACAGAAGAAGAAACGCCAGGAACCUCUGAUGGUUCAAUCUAACACUGAGGACAAGAAGCUGAAGAAGACCAGAGCUAGACGCCUUAGUGAACAGACCCCGCUUGUUGAAGGAAAGACCGUGAGCCAAAAAGAUGGUGCUGAAAAGAAAACAAGGAAUAAGAAACUGAAGGCCGAGCUGGGAAAUCUGGAACCAGAGAAAGACCCUUACGCCAAGUUCAUCAAAGACCCCAAGAAGAAGAAAGAGAAUCCUGCUUCCUAUUUCACUGUUGAAAAGUCAUCCACCAAACCACAGCAAGAAGAGUCUGAAGAGGAUGAUAAUGAGAACAAAGAAGAGGUUUUAGAGCCAGCUUCUACAAAACAAACUAAAAAGAAGGUCCUAAAGGAGAAAAAGCCAAAACAGACAGAGCAAGGCAAAUGCGAAUCUAAGGCCAAAGGGAAGACUGGAAAAACUCCAAAAAAGGAUCCGACAUUUGUGUUUCAGGCUGGGACUGAGAAAAAAGCCAAAGGCAGUAAAAAAGAAGCCCAUUCAAUAUGGGAUGAGGAUGAAGACUCAGAGCCCAAUCUGAAACCCACCAAAGUGAAGAAGAAAAAGGCAAAGAACACGGCCAACAUGUUCCAGGCCGGUUCAACCAAAAAGGGCAGCAAGAGCAAAAAGAAAGGAUCCAAUGGUGAGGAUGAGGCAAGCACACAAAGGAACAGUAACAAAAAUGGCAAAGCAUCGAAGAAAAAGUCGAACAAUGACAGUGUCAUAUCUCGGGCAGAGUCACCCAUCGUUGAGAUCAAUGACCUGGAGAAGUUUGUCUUGACACCUGCAGCACAAGGCAUGACCAUCAAAUGCAAAGUUACAAGAGACAAGAAAGGCAUGGAUCGAGGCCUUUAUCCCACCUAUUACCUACAUCUGGACACAGAUGAGAGUAAAAAGGUUUUCUUGUUGGCCGGCAGGAAGCGGAAAAAAAGCAAGACAUCGAACUACCUCAUUUCAAUCGAUCCAACAGACCUAUCCCGAGGGGGAGAAAACUUCAUUGGAAAGCUCAGGUCAAACCUGAUGGGGACUAGGUUUACAGUGUUUGACAAUGGAAUCAACCCUGAGAGGGGAAGGCAUGGCCAUUCAAAUGUACGUCAGGAGCUUGCUGCUAUCACUUACGAGACAAAUGUACUUGGAUUUAAAGGUCCCAGGAAGAUGACCGUGAUUAUUCCAGCAAUGGAUGAAGACCAGGAACGUAUUCCCUUCCAACCACGCAAUGACAAAGAUAGUCUGCUCUCAAGAUACCAACGUAAAAACAUGGAGAACUUAAUUGAGCUGCACAAUAAGGCACCAGUGUGGAAUAAUGAGACCCAGUCCUACGUGUUGAACUUCCAUGGGAGGGUGACACAUGCUUCAGUGAAAAAUUUCCAAAUAGUCCAUGAGAAUGAUGUUGACUACAUUGUGAUGCAGUUUGGGCGUGUGGCAGAUGACGCGUUCACCAUGGAUUACAGCUACCCAAUGUGUGCUGUCCAGGCAUUUGCCAUCGCCCUGUCCAGCUUCGACGGGAAACUAGCAUGUGAAUAAUGUGUGCAGUUGACCUCCUGACCCCAGCCUCUCCACCCUAGAACACUACAACCAUCCCCCCCACCCCACCCCACCCCAGCAUCUUGUUACUGAAGUGCGCUUUACAAGACUAGUCUUAGAAUAAAGAGGCAAUAGAGGUACAAACAAACCUCUAGCAUCUUCUCAAGGAUAAACCAGGGCAAUAGGAAAGGCAGCAAAAUAAAAUUACUAGUUCUGUUAUCAACCACAUCCAAAAUGGAUGUAAGAAGCUUUCAAAAUGAUGAAGCCGCUUUUGUGGGGUUUUUUUGCAGUUUGUUUCAUGUUAUCUUGGCAGGUGUUGGAGGUGAUGUUUUCAAUCUUUAAGACCAUUUUUUUAAUACCUGUCCCUAAAUUUCCUCUCAGUUUAAUAGCAGAAUGAUAUAGGAAUAGUUGUCAAUGUUGAGGCUUUGUGCAGUGGAAACCAUUUCCUGAUUGAAGUAGGCAUAUGAUCAGGAAGGAGUGUCCAGUUUUGUUUAUUUGCUCUCUGACUGAGCCAUCCAUUAUAAAGAUUCCAUUUACACGUUAUUGAGAAUAACACCACACUCUAUGGUACAGAAGUGCAUCAGUAAGUGUACUGCACCACCCAGUGUUCCAUUCGCACGUUCUGCAGCAGUCGGUAGCUCCAUAAGAACUGAAGACAAAGUUACAGAUCACCUCCUGCCCCUUUUAAUAAAUGGAGCCUCUUUGGGCUCUGUAUCUUCCCAUCAGUGAGAUUGGAACAAAUCCUGAGACUAGGAGAAUCAAAACCACAGGCUUCACAAAGCAAGACAUUGAUUUAACAUCAGUGCCUCUUCCAAGCAGAAACUAAGGGAACAAUCGGAUUACAAAAGGCACCCCUUUCAUAGUGAGGGGCCAACAGGCAGAGCAAAUUCUGAAAAACAGAGCUAUUAGAGUGGCAGCGAUUAUAGACGAAGAUGGCAGAUAGUGGAAAAUCUGAGAUAAUUGCAGAAAAUAUUGGAAAUAAAUAAGGCAGUCUGCAUUUGAAAAGAGAUAAAGAUCAGUUCUAAUGAUUGGAUGAAUGUCAGUGUAACUGGUGGGAUUGUGCCAUCAAAAGAGGACAAUUAUAAAUCCCUCAAGCUCUGUAAAGUGGGAUUUAAUGUUUCCUUUCUCAUUGAGAUGGUCAGAGAAACUCCAAUCCCAUUUACAACGCAAGUGCUGAUCAUUGAUAAUAAAAUGUGAGGCUGGAUGAACACAGCAGGCCAAGCAGCAUCUCAGGAGCACAAAAGCUGACGUUUCAGGCCGAGACCCUUCAUCAGAGGAUUCUCCAGCAUCAGCAGUUCCCAUUAUCUGCUGAUCAUUGAUACUUUCUUCUUUGUAUAUUGUUAGUUGAACACUAGAGGGUGCUCUGGUACAUUGCAGCACCCCAGGAUUUCCCUGUGUGGCCAGAUACACUUUAGAGUAUGAAAUAAAAGCAUCAAGGUAUUA